AACAUGUAUACACUCUCACAGGAAACCGGUCGCGCGGAACAUUUCUAGCUGCCCUUAAUUAUAACAGGCAUUGAACCCUACAGUUCGACCGUGACGAAGGCAUCCUUCACCGCCUCCAACUGUUUUUGUGGGUUGCCAGUUCGCUGUGGGGACCCAACACAUCAGCUGGGGUACGAAGCACAACGCGCACCGGUCAAAGUCCACUUGCCUUAACCCUGCACCCAGUCAGACAAGCAGACGUAACAGCUACCCGCGGGAGGAGACUAAACUCGCCCUCAAGAUCUCUGUGCAACUGGUUACAUUUCCUAAACCAAAAUAUAAAUCAUCAACAUGAGACCAUGCACCGCUCGUGUGAUCUCCCGCUGUCUGAGGGAUGGAUCUCGCCUUCCCCUCCCUACCACUGCUCGGGUCCUCCAGUCACCCCAAGGAUCCGUCUGCCCGUCUUGCAGCAGGCUGUCCCGAGCUUCAGGGCGGAUAACUCUAGGUGCCAGGCCGUUCAGCUCACUUAUCUCCCCUGAUAACAUCGCCAGCAGUCCCUUUCCGGAUGAGGACAUUCCCAAUGUGAACUUCGCUCAAUAUGUGUUGGAGAUGAUGCAGCCCUACGCCAAACUCACAGCAACGGUCGAUAUACCCACGGGGCGCAGUUACACGUACACGGAAGUAGAAGAGGCUGCCGUCAAGGUGGCAAGCGCCCUCACUCGACUUGGCUAUACUAAGGGCGACGUCAUUGCCAUCUUCAGCGUCAACGUUCCGGAAUACUGUAUGCUGAUCCUGGCAGCUGCGUUGUGCGGCAUGGUCGUCACUCCGGCAAACCCGGCAUAUACUGCAGGCGAGUUAGCUCGCCAGUUGGAGAUGUCAAAGGCCAAGGCUGUGUUCACCAUCCCACCUCUCGUCCCAACAGUCAAAGAAGCUUUGUCAUCCUCACCUAUUGUACAGAGGGCCGUCAAGGACCUGUUUUGUCUGGGUGAAGCAGAGGGAUGUCGACCUGUUUCCGAACUCAUGAAGGACGAUGGGGCAGCGUUGCCUCAAAACGUCAACGUCAACCCGAUAGACGACGUGCUCUUACUCCCGUUUUCCAGUGGCACCACCGGCCUUCCUAAAGGCGUCAUGUUGACGCACCACAACUGUGUAGCUAACCUCAACCAGAUCAGAAAACCUCUGAAGGUAGAGCAAGGGGAGGACAAGUUUAUAGGCGUGCUGCCAUUCUAUCAUAUAUACGGUAUGAUACCUAUACAGUUUGGCGCUUUGCAAGAUGGCGCCACUCUCUACACAAUGCCUCGUUUUGAUCCAGAAAUGUUCCUGACUACACUACACAAACACAAGAUUAACAUUCUCCACGCGGUGCCUCCUAUAAUCCUGUUUCUUGCCAAACAUCCCGUAGUCUCAAAGUUUGACCUGUCCAACUUGAAGUAUGUCGUCAGUGGAGCAGCUCCGCUCGGUGAAGGUUUGACAAACGAGUUCGUGAACAGAUUGAAGGCCCCUGUGGUUCAAGGGUACGGGUUGACGGAAGCAUCCCCAGUGAUCAACGUUGAUGUUUUGCCAGCUCAACCGGGGUCAAUUGGCCCCGUGGUUCCCAACACUGUUGUAAAGAUUCAGUGUCCCGAAACCGGCAAGUCUCUAGGGAUAGGCGAACUGGGCGAGUACUGUGCAAAAGGCCCACAGAUGAUGAAAGGCUACCUCAACGACCCUGAAUCCACUGCGGCCAUGUUGAAAGAGGACGGGUGGCUUCACACAGGAGAUCUCGGGUACCUGCAGGAGGAUGGCCGGGUGGUCAUCGAGGACAGGCUCAAGGAACUGAUCAAGUACAAGGGCUUCCAGGUGCCUCCAGCUGAACUGGAAGCCUUUCUGCUGACUCACCCAGGUGUGCAGGAUGUUGGGGUGAUUGGCCUCCCAGAAGAGGGGUUGGGGGAACUCCCUCGUGCAUACGUCGUCAAGAAGCCCGACUCUACCGUUACGGAAAAGGAAAUCGCCAAAUUUGUUGAAGACAAUAUGGCGUCGUACAAGAGCUUACGAGGAGGCGUGGUGUUCAUCGAGGAAAUUCCGAAAUCCCCUGCCGGGAAAAUUCUCAGGCGUGUGCUGAAGGAUAGUGUUUUGAAGUAGACUGACAGAUUGAAACCUUACAUUUCCGAACUUUCCUGUACCUUAGACUUAGGAACGUCAACGUCUAACGUUGGAUGGAGUCGUGCACUGUAACCAGAGGCUUUGUGGAGGAGGAUUUAAACAUCAUCGGCGACGACAGUGUUUAUAUGUAACCUCCACGUUAAAUAUGCAUGUCAUAGAUGUGGCGGUGGAGCGAUCUUGUGUUAGAUACUAAAUGUGUCUUGGGACUUUUGUUUUUAACUCUGAAGUUUGUUUGUUCAGCUUAGCUGAUACACAGUCACACCAUUCAUGUUUGUUGUAUAUAACGGUACCCUUUCGGUACUUAGUACUGUUUUAAUAUGGAAACACUUACGCAAGGGUAACAUGUCUUUACUCAACGUAAAAUGGUCUACUUCAGUAUUAUCAAGUAUUGAAGGCUGACCAUUGCGACCCAACGAAACCCAGCCAGUAUAAGCAUAUAUUUUACAGGUGCUUCAUGUAGUUAGCUCACUAGUUUGAAAAUAUAGG